AUGCCGAGUGCUCAAUAUCUCAACUCCAAUCUCCGGCAUAUCGACUGGCUCCCCGGAAGUACCAUGGCAGCUCCCUUCGGCUUCUCUGUAGGCGACCUGAUCGCUGCAUGUCGUGUCCUGCAUACAGGGAUGAAAGCUGUGGUCCACACGCACCAAGCAGAAGCCGAGUAUCAAUCGACCAUCGCCGACCUCGAGUUUUUUCAGCUUGUCAUUCAAAAUUUCACGACUUUGCAGAACACUCACAGCGACGAUGAAGACUCAAGACACUACGCUGAACAUUGCUGUCGCCCAAUCUCGAAGUUCCUGGAGAAGAUACGAAAGUAUGAGAAGGCUUUGGUGCCGCAGACAGGACGAGCAAGGUCGCCGAAGACACUGCUUUUCAAGGCACCCAGACAACUCAAGUGGGCGCUAUAUGUGAAAGAGAAUGCUGAAAAGGUUAGAAAAGAAGUCGAGCCGCGGUUUUGUGCUCUCAUCUUGCGUCUUACCCUGCCGGCAAGGCGGGAUGUUGUCCAAACAAAGGAGACUUUACAGGUCAUCUCAAAAUCGGUCAACAAGCUUGAAGUCACCAGCGACAUGGUGUUCUCAAUAGUAGAGGAGAUCAUGGUCCACACGGAGCCACACUCAACAAAGAUCGUGGCUCGAAGGAGGCAAGAUGCCGACCUUCAAGUUGAAUCCGUUCCCCGAUUUCGCAUCACGAUCGGGUCUGUCGAGAUCACGAAGCCUGAGACUCUCGAGCUCCUGAUCGUGAUCCUGAUCUUGGUCUACUCGCCCUCGCUACCAGGCACCCACAGGCUCAUCUGGCAGAUUAUAGUCUCCGCCCUCCUCGCCAAGCGUUGCCUCCCAAGACCACCAACCACGCUGUUGGACACCAACAUUCACCUCACCGACGCGCUUGGCCGAUUACUCAACAUCGCUUUCGACGACUGUCCCGAGCGUAUGAACGUCCGGAGUCAGAACUUUGGAUUUCUACUCCUCGACAAGGGGCAGCGGCGAAUUCUUGACUUCAUGACGUGGACGAAGGAGAUCUAUCCCGGAGCAAAGGUAGCCAUGGUGAUGCUCGUGCUCGGCAUCGGCCGGGAGAUCGGCGAGUGUCCACGAUGCGGUACAACGUCUCACAAAACGGAUAGGUUUGGAUGGUCGACCUGUCGAGACUGCGCUCUAGUCCACCGACUAGACAACCGCGAAUUCAUGACCGCUGAGGAACAGUUGGCAUUGACCGACGAGCUCGACCACGGUGAGGAAGGGUAUCUAGACGACAUCGAGUGGAACGUCGACGGUAACGCAGACCACAGAGAAGGAGAUAAAGAUGUUGCAGCUUUCAAAAUCGUGCAGUGGUUUACGGAGCCGUGUGAUCGAUGCUCAGCCAUCUUCAUCUCCAUCCCUAAAUUGAUCGAACACUUGCACCAUGUCCACGGCGAUCAACGAUACGAGGUUGGAACCACUCAGAACCUCGAUCAUGUCCGAAGCGAGAAGUAG